ACACUCCGACAAGCGUCACGGACCGGUGCAGCAGCGGCGUGCGCUCCCGUCACGAAGAGAGAGAGAGACGGAGGAAGAGAGGAAGAGAGAAAGAGAGAGAGAGAGGGAGGGGAGCUGAAAGUGAAGCAGCAUCACCGCCUUCUCCAUCCAGCAUCUCCACCCGACCGGCGGCGAACUCGAGCGGGAGCACGCAACUACACGCACACUGUCCUCCGGCGUCCAGAGGUCCCCUUCCUCCUCCGCCACCUCCUCCUCUUCCUCCUCUUCCUCCUCCUCAAAAUGUCCGUGGGCAGUGACUUUGGGAACCCGCUGCGGAAAUUCAAACUCGUCUUCCUUGGGGAGCAGAGCGUGGGAAAGACGUCUCUGAUCACACGGUUCAUGUAUGACAGCUUUGACAACACAUAUCAGGCCACAAUCGGAAUCGACUUCCUAUCGAAAACCAUGUACUUGGAAGAUCGAACGCUUUCUCUCUGUGAACCCCAGGUGAGGUUGCAGCUCUGGGACACGGCGGGACAAGAGCGCUUCAGGAGCCUCAUCCCCAGUUACAUACGCGACUCCACCGUGGCCGUGGUGGUCUACGACAUCACAAACGUUAACUCCUUCCAGCAGACGUCAAAAUGGAUUGACGAUGUCAGGACAGAGAGAGGAAGUGAUGUCAUCAUUAUGCUCGUCGGCAAUAAAACAGAUCUGGCCGAUAAGAGGCAAAUCACGAUUGAGGAAGGCGAACAGAGGGCCAAAGAGCUGAGUGUCAUGUUCAUCGAGACGAGCGCCAAGACAGGUUACAACGUCAAACAGCUCUUCCGACGCGUGGCAGCUGCUCUUCCUGGGAUGGAAAGUAUGCAGGAGACGAGCAAAGAAGGGAUGAUCGACAUCAAGCUGGACAAGCCGCAGGAGCCCCAGGCAAGCGAGGGAGGCUGCUCCUGCUAAUACUGUCCCGGCAAAAACACAAAAACAACCGUCAUUUUGCACCACAUGCUUGUUGUGUCGCUUCCUUUGGUUUAGCCUGCAGUUGACUUUGCACGUCGAGAAUCUUGGCCUCCUCGCCCGACAACUGGUCACGGGUUGGAACAAGCAAUAUGUGAAUUUGGUUUCUAAAGUGGUGUUGGCUACUGUGUUGAUGGAACUGCCCAAACAGUCUUUCAACUUGCAGGGGUGGGGGUGGGGGGGCGGGAAGGAAAGAAGUUGCAUAUUAUGUGUAAACACAAAUUUUUUUUUUUUAAGUAGAAACGCAAGUUUCCCCACUUUCUUGAUUUUGUAUUUUUUUAUAUUCAGGGAAAUCUCUCUGGAGACGUUGUAUUCGUUGUUGUUGUUGUUGUUGUUGUUGUUGUUGUUUUUUUGGAAGAUGCAAACAACACAGCUUCUGAACUUGAGAUCCGGACAGAACAGGCGCUUUCAGACGUAUCCUUAUGGAUGUCACUGUUGUUAUAGGCAAGGAUGGAGGUCCUCCUCACCACGUUGCCCAAAUGUUAACCUCAUUAAACUGCUACCUAAACCCCCUUUACAUAGCCAUUCUCGACUUAAUGCCCACACUUAUUACCUAAACAUAACCCGUUUUGAAUCCUCCGCCUGAACCCAGCCUUUUGCAGUGUGGUGGCCCGGUCACAGCGCCCAUAACCCCAGUGUGAUCCAUAAUCGAUGAAGCGCCAACGGGACAAAAUGAGCAGCGACGUCCCGAGUAUCUAAUGCAUGCCUAGUUUUUGAGCAUAGGUACAUGUACUGUCUUACCAGUGUGCACACGUUUGAAUAUGUCAAUUGUAACAUCACGCCGGUGACUUAAUGCACUCUGACUGUCUUUUUGUCGAUGAACUUCGAUUUGUAUACUUGACUUCUUCGUUGUCGUGUGUGUGUGUGUGUGUGUGUGUGUGUGUGCGCGCGUGUGUGUGUGUGUGCGUGUGUGUGCUUUCUGUACAGGCUACAUUAGAAUGCAGAUUCAUAGAGGGCCACUGCCGAGUCGUGUCAUUCUCGCCACAUUGCGGCACCAUGUACAGUACGCACAGUAGGUCACCAUUUGUCCACUCCCCCCACUCAAAACCGUCGCGUGAUAUCUAGGUAGUAGUGGUUGUGAUAGUGGGCACGUGUCAGCGAGCAGCGGAGAAUCAGAGCCGCUGUCUUGUGUCCCACAGGAACGCAAAGACAGAAGUUCUGUAAAGCUUCAAUGCAGGUUCUGUGAUCGGACCUUCAACAUCGUGCACCAGUUUCAUUCCUGUCAAAAGACUAAUUUUUGCACAUGUAGGCCCUUCAGGUGAAUGUGGAGUUGUGAAAAGCUUCAUAACAAAUGUACAGUCACUUCGCGUCUGAUCGUCGUAGAAACUGUCACACAAACACGUCCCCCACCGAGACGAGGUUUUCCUUUUGCUGCUUCUGUUUCACGUGACUGCUGAUGUUGGCGUCAUGCGAUGUUGUCUUCUUCUGUUUUUCUUCUUCUUUCUUUCUUUUUGUUUUUUACCAGUGCCUGGUACUGUAUCAUAAUAACGCACUGGUGGUGAAGUCAGCCCAGUGUUGAGGACACUACUUUGAUUCGACUUCCUCUUUCACGUGAGAUCUUACUGCACUUUUGAAGAACACGUUUUAGAAUUAGAUUGACGAUGUAAGUUAAAAAAAAAAAAAAUAAUCUUCUGAGGUACUGUAUGUUAGAGUAGAGUAAAAACAGUUAUGAAUUGUUCGCACAUGUUCAAAAAAGAAAAGGGGCGGGGACACACUCUUGUGACAAAGUAGUGAACCUUUCUAACUCACAUAAUGAGCCAAAUAAUAACAACAAUAGUGAUACGAGACGGAGUUGGAUCAGAUACGACAGGGGAUCUUGACCUGGAACACACUGGUCGUGAUGGGAAUGAAAAACGUGAGGUUGCGUUUCAAGUUGAAUCCCACAAAGUGAAUAAAGAAGAAAAAAAGAACAUGUCCAAUGGGGAUGAACCCUCCGCGCUGCGGCCUAUUUAUUUGAUGAAGACAGGAACGCACCGCUCUCAUUACUGACCCCGCAGCCGAGUGACGAGAGCACCUUUUCUUGGAGAAAGGACUCGAUGGGUAUUUAUUUUUAAGUGUGGACAAAAGUGACUGAUCAGUGGCUGUAGAAACCCCCUCCCCUCUCUGUAUCUACCCUUACGCAGGAGAGUAGAGCCCACCUUUGUUUUCCCCAACGGCCCAUUUGAAACAUUCCCCUCGAAGAAAAAAAAAGUGGACCAAGUGGUGCAACAUAUGUCUUUUUGUGUGUUGUGUUGUGGUGGGGGGGCGGUGGAGGCCAUGGCCAUUCCCUGAGGGUGUGUAUGUUCUGUCACAGCUCUGCGCAGCAGACCUGGUCGGUCCAGAGCUGACGCUCCAUUCACACUGUACAGAGAUCCAGCAUGUCUCUCCAAAAAAACGAUUAAUAAAGAUGUCUUAUUACCAAACGUC